CAGUGGAACAUUGAAAAAACACAAAGACAGCAUCCAAGUUUAUUUCCGACAAUGCGCAGUGUUUACUUUCGUUUCAAUAGUUCCGUGUUGCCGGGAGGGCAUUUAUGGUUCUAUCGGGGAAAAACAUCAGCAGACCCAGGGAUACAGAUCAUGUCCGGGCCAAGUAUGCCAGAGAAGGUAGAAGAAGAUGCAUCUGCUGAGAAGUCAGGAGCUUGUGGUGGGAGCACCAGCAAAGACAGCGGCAACACCAAAACAUACGUCAAAUACACAGCUCCAGAUGGUGCCUGCUUCAAUGUCCAUACUUCUGGCAAGGCACCUAACAUGCAGGUUAGCUACAACAACGUGAUGCACGUGACAGACAGCUCAUUCGCCAAUCCAAACAGACCCAGGUUACGACCAAAGAUAGCGCCAAGUCUGCCUUUAGUCAAAUCAACAGAAGUCCCUGGGCCCAUUGCUAUGGAAAUAAUUGCAAACAACAUCGGGAAGGACUGGAGAUAUCUAGGACGAGAGCUUGGACUGUCUGAAGGAGAGAUGGACAAUAUUAGAGCUGACUACCGGACUGAGGGUCAGUAUGAGAUCAGCUACCAGACAGUUCGCAAGUGGAAGGAACAAGCAUACCCAACAGAACUCCACCGACUUGCAAAAUGCUGUGCCAGAGCAGGCCGUGGUGAUAUUGCCGACAAGCUGGCAAAAAUGAAGCAGGAGGGACAAUCUUGAGAAGAUUUGUUCCUGAAAAACUGACUUACUUUUUAUGAACUUUUUUUGUCCAAGGCAGAUGUUCAUCUGUGAUAACCUGUGUCGUGCCACUCAGUCUCAUCAAAAUCAGGGGCAGUGGGGUAGCCCAGCAAUUAAAGUGUUCGCUCGUCACAUCGAAGACCCGCAGGGGUGGAAAUAACCCAUUGCCCGACGCCCGAGUCCACUGUUUUUUUCUG